AUGGCACGCAUCCUAGGAGGUUUGGAAGGUAAUUGUCUCGCCUAUCUCGACGAUAUCAUAGUCUUUGAUAAGGAUUUCCAGUCGCACCUUAACUCGCUUCGCAAAGUCUUUGAGCGGUUUCGAUUAUAUAACAUUAAGGCAUCUGGUAAAAAGCUCACGGAAAUCGCGCGGUCCAAGAUAACUUUCUUAGGGCAUGAAAUCUCGUGUUCGGCCUACUGCCCGGCCGAACGUAACAUCCGCGCUAUUCGGGAUCUCCCGCGCCCAAGGACAGUGAAGGACGUUAAAGGCUUUAUUGGUAUGGCAAACUUUUUCCGUAAAUUCAUCAAGGGCUUUGCAGCUAUGGCUUCCCCGCUUUACGAUUUGUGCAAGGAUAAGGCUAAGUUUGAAUGGACCUCCGAUCAAGAGAAGGCUUUCACCUCCAUCAAGGAGGCACUCAUUUCUCGGCCAUGCUUGGCCUUUCCGAGAGACUGUGAAUUUAUUCUUCAUACGGAUGGUAGCAAAGUUGCUGUAGGAGCAGCCUUGCUGCAACAACAGAAGGACUCGUCUAAGCUUGCAGCGGUAGGAUACUUCAGCAAAACCCUGUCGGAGUCCCAACGGAAGUGGAGCCCAACGCAUAUCGAACUAUUCGCGAUGGUUAGCGCGUUACGCUACUUUAGGACCACCAUAUACGGCAACCUUACACGAAUAUACUCAGAUCAUAAACCUCUCACCUUCUUGCUCCGCCACAAUAAAACCCAUGAUAACCUUGCAAGAUGGGCAGUAGAACUUCAGAGUUAUAACAUCAGAAUAGAGUAUCUAAAGGGUUCGUCCAAUGUAGUAGCUGACUUCCUUAGUCGGAAUGAGUCCGAUAGUAAUCGCUUUAUCGAUGGCACCCCGGAAUCAGAAGAUAUUGUAGAGUUCCCCGUUUGCCUAGUUCAGUCACCCGAACCCGCUCCCGUCCGCAUUCGUCCAUACGAUAUUCUAAUCGAGCAAAAGCAGGACUCUCUAUGUAACUCUAUAAUGCAUUUUUUAGAAACCGGUGAUUUUCCGCCGACGGCGUCCGAUUCUGACAAGACUGAAGUGAUGACGCUCGCCGACUCUUGCUCAAUUCGUAAGAAUGGUUGCCUUUACAAAACGUGUCAACGAUAUGGACGCAAGUACGAUGCUCUUUUUCUUCCGAUUAAGCUUCGUGAGCCCGUUUGCAUUGCUUUUCACAACAAUCCGACGUCGGGAGGUCAUUUUAAUUGGAAGAAAACCGUAGGCAAAAUUGCUCGUAAGUUCUUUUGGCCAACUAUGAAAGAAGAUGUGUAUCGAUACGUCCGUUCUUGUGACGCAUGUCAGAGGAAAAGAAACCAUCCGGCCAACCGCGAGCUCCUCUUGCCUAUGCUCGCCCAGGCCGUUUUUCAUAAGGUCUAUCUCGAUCUUAGUGGUCCUUACCACACCUCAUCUUCCUCUAAUAAAUACAUCAUGUGCCUCAUUGACCACUUCUCUAAGUACGUGAUAGCUGCCCCCUUGCCUGAUUGCUCUGCGACAUCCGUCGCCCGUUGUCUCAUGAACGAAUGCGUUCUCAAGUUUGGGGCGAUGACUGAAUUGAUCUCUGAUAAUGCAUCUUACCUCAAGGGUGAUCUCAUGACAGAAUUGGGUAAAUUACUCCGUAUUAAUAGGUACUUUUGUACGCCGUAUCAUCACGAAGGCAACGGCCUCUGCGAAAGGGUUUUCGCCACUUUCCAAGCUAUGUUGCGAACAUAUAUUAGUGACAACCAGUUAGAUUGGGACGUCUUCUUACCUGCUUGUGUCUUUUCGUAUAAUACUAGCAUCCAUUCGAGCACUAACGAAACUCCUUUCUUUAUGAUAUUCGGACGUGACCCGGUUUUCAGCAUUGACCUUAUGUUCAAACACCAGGCAUUUCAGCAUAUCCCAUCCGACGCCGAUGCCAGUCUUUACAAGGAAUCCUUAGUGUCGGCCCUUCACUCCGCCUGGACCUCCGCAGCUGCCUAUAACGCCAAGCGGAGCCUAGCGUUCAAAAAACAGUACGAUAAAUCGGCGUUACCCCCUCUUCAAAUAUCGGUUGGAGAUCGAGUUUAUCUCAGGGACUUCGCUCCCAAGGUCGGCCUUUCCUCUAAACUCUGCUUCCCUUGGUUGGGCCAGUUUCGGGUCAUUUCAGUUGAGCAUCCUCAUCUCAUCAUAACCAGUAUUACAUCCCCUCAGUCUCCACCUAAAAGAGUUCAUAUGAACCAGAUCAAAAAAUGUUUUGCAAUAUCUGGACCGGUUUUCUCUUCUCCUUGGACACCCGUCGAAGAAGAGGCCGCUUUGACCCGUUCUGAGGCUGAGACCGCUGAGGUUACGGGUUACUCGCAUACCGUAACGCACCCGUCCUCAUCCUCUCCUCCUCCCUCAGUCUCUCACUCUUACAACACUCGUUUUCGUAAACGCACGACUUCCAUUUAG